AUGGCGCCUAAACAGAAGGGUCAGAAGAUGACCAUUAGCAACUUCUUGGCUGAUGAGAGCCUUGGCUCUUGGGCUGAUGAGAUGGAGGACAUGCCCCUCCCAUCCGGCCCCUCGGCGUCCUCUGGCUUCGGUGCCCGCCCUGCUGGUGGUAUGGGCUUUGGAGGCAACAGCUUCGGCGGCGGCAGUACUUUCGAACGUGAGACCCGUGGAGGUUACGCUGUUCGCGAGCCGCUUGCUCUUCCCACCGAGCCCCCAUACACUGCCCACGUUGGCAACCUCUCAUUCGAGGCGACUGCCGAUGAUAUUUCCGACCUUUUCGCUGGCUGCAGCGUGACCAACGUCCGCAUCGUUGAAGACAAGUUGAGCAAGGCCCCCAAGGGCUUUGGCUACGUUGAGUUCGAGACCCUGGAGGGCCUCCAGAAGGCUCUUGAUCUGUCUGGCACCACCCUGCAGGGCCGUACCAUUCGCACUAGCGUUGCUGAGCCUCCCAAGGAAUCUCGCCCAGAGGGUCGUGAUCUUGACUGGACCCGCCGUGGACCCCUUCCCCCCGCCCCCGAGCGUCGCAUUCCCGAGCGCUCCAGCUUUGGUCGUAACAUGGAUGCCGCAUCCGAUGCUGGCAGCGACCGUCGCAACAACUUCGAGUCGGACGGCAAGUUCCGCGAUUUCGGCAACUGGGAGCGCAAGGGCCCUCUUGCGGCCCCCAGUGGCCCCCCACCCCGUGAGGGUGGCCGCCCCCACAGCAACGAAGGAGGACCUGGCUCUGCUUACCGGAGAAGCUCCCCCGCAUGGGGUGAAGGUCAGGGUCGUUCCCAGGAUGAGGGCUCGCGCCCACCUGCCCCCCGUCCCGAGCGGACUCCUACCGCUGCCGACAUGGACAACCAGUGGCGCUCCAAGAUGCGCCCCGAUGCGCCCGCCAAGGAGGCCACUGCCCCCACAUCUCCCACCGUUCCUGCCGCUCGUCCUAAGUUGAACCUUGCCAAGCGUACCGUUCCCGAUGCUGCUGCCGCUGCCACCGCCUCCGCCGGUGACUCCAAGGCUAGCCCCUUCGGUGCGGCUCGCCCGAUUGACACCGCUGCCCGUGAGCGUGAGGUCGAGGAGAAGCACCAGCAAGCUCUGCGCCAGAAGAAGGAGGCUGAUGACAAGGCUAAGGCUGAGAAGGCUGAGAAGGCCGAGAAGUCUGAGAAGCCUAGACAGGCCAAGGAUAACAAGGAGCAGUACAAGGACAUCCGCCUUACCGGUACCGAUUCCAACAAGGAUGAUGUGGAUACUCCCAAGGGCGGAGCCAACUUUGAGAUCCUCCGGCGGGCCGGUGGGGAGGAGAGCGGUAUGAACGCCGACGCCGAAGCCGAGGAGACCCCUGCUCCUGCUGCUGAGGCCGCCGAGACCAAGGAGACUUCCAACGGCAACUGGAGGACCGCUGAGCCUACCGAAGAGAACGACGGCUGGAGCACCGUCGCCCCCACCAAGCGCAACAACCGUCGUGGUGGUCGUGGAUUCUGA